UUAACUGGUAGUGGGGAGGUUAAAAUGCGCAUGCGCGAAAACAGUCGAUCCCUCGUGUAGUGUCGAUAAAGAGAAGCAAUGGCGGACACAGGCGUGGCUGAGGGAGGGAAGCUUCCCCGCGUACCAGAAACACUCUUGAAAAAGAGAAAAAGAUUACAAGAGAUAAAAGAGGCAGCAGCUAAAAGAGGAAGGGAAAGAAGCAAAGCUCGCAGGCUACAGCGUAAAGAUAUUUUCAAAAGAGCCGAGAAAUACGUUCUUGAGUAUCGCCAGAGAGAAAAGGAAGCCAUCAGACUAAAGAGAGAAGCCAAGACAGCUAAAAAUUAUUACAUUCCGCCAGAGCACAAGCUUGCUAUUGUUGUUAGAAUAAAAGGUAUCAAUGGUUUAAGUCCGAGAGUCCGAAAGAUCCUUCAGAUCAUGAGAUUACGUCAGAUCAACAAUGCCGUUUUCAUCAGGUUAAACAAAGCGUCGCUGAACAUGCUCCGAUUGGUUGAACCCUAUGUUGCCUGGGGAUACCCUAGUCUUAGAACUAUCCGAUAUUUGGUUUACAAGCGUGGAUACGGGAAACUCUCACAAAGGAGGCGGGUCCCACUGCUUAGCAACGCUAUAAUCCAGAAGGCACUCUUAAAGGAUAACAUUAUUUGCAUGGAAGACAUUGUCCAUGAGAUAUUCACUGUUGGUCCGAAAUUCAAGGAAGUCAAUAAUUUCCUGUGGCCGUUUAAACUGACGAAUCCCAAGGGUGGUUGGAGAAAGAAGACAACUCACUUUAUUGAGGGAGGUGAUCACGGCAAUAGAGAAGAACUGAUCAAUAAGUUGGUCCAGAAGAUGAUCUAGUUCAAGAUUGACUGGUGUCCAUCAUGAUAUUAAUUGUGCCAUUUAUUAUUAUUAUUAAUGAUUUUGGAAAUCUCUUAAAAUUAAAAAAACUGCCAAUACACUGAGAUUGCAUGAUA